CUUCUCUUUUCUCCUCUAAAUCUAUCAUUAGCCACAUCCACACCAAACAACUUCUGCAUCCUUAAUUCAUCCGGAGCUAUGGCAGGAGCUUUGGUAGGUGCCACGGCUGGCUUCUUAGCCAACAAGGUGGCAAUUCUCGUCGAACUCGACGAGAAACUCAAGGCAAUGGCUGGUACCGAAAGGAAGAUGGAGAAGUUCAAGGAGUUGUCCACGAUCAUUGACAUGGUGAUUCAAGACGUUGAGUCCCACCCUUCUAUUAACGAUGCUGUGAAAGAAUUGCUGAAGAAUCUCAAAUACUUGGCCUACGAUCUCGAAGAUGCUGCGGAUUACUAUGACACCAAAGUCUUGCAGAAGAAUCAGAGACCCAAAACUUUUUUAAGGCCGGUGCGUAAUUUCUUCUCUUCUGAUAAUAAAGUUGUGUUUAAGGGCAGGGUAGGUGGCACGAUAAAAGCUAUAACAGAAAGUCUGGAAUCUAUUUUGCUGCAAAAGUCCAUUCUUCUCAAUUUGCCACAAGGCGGUGUCCGAAUGUCGGAACAAAGAGAGAUCCACUCCUGCAAUAGCUUUGUUGUUAUAGGGAGAGAACCAGAGAAGAAUAAGAUUGUCGACAUGUUAACAAAUGAUGAUGAUGAUGAAAGCAGCCAUAGCACAUUGAAGGUCAUUGCCAUCGUUGGGAUGGGUGGCCUGGGGAAGACUACACUUGCUCAGCAUGUUUUCAAUGAUGAGAAGGUGAAAGCACAUUUUGCAAGUUCCAGAAUGUGGACAGUUGUCGGGGCUGAAUUUGAUCCCACAAAGAUAAUGAAGUCUGUAUUAGAAUUGGCUACAAGUAAAUCAGUCAACUUCUUAGAAAUAGAUUUAGUGAGGCAGAAAAUAGAAAAAGCGUUAUCCAGGAAGAGAUUUCUGAUCGUGCUAGAUGAUGUAUGGAAUGAAGAUCCAUAUGAGUGGGGUAAACUGAAAGCAGCCUUAACAUGUGGGGCAAGAGGAAGCAAAAUUUUGGUGACAACCCGUAGCCUACAUGUCUGUUCGAUUAUGAGCUCAUCCAAUACCACCACCCACCAAAUACAACAGUUGUCCAAAGAUGAUUGUUUGUCCUUGUUUCAACAAUUUGCUUUUGGAGAUAACGAAGCAGAUGAUCAUCAAAACUUGAUGGAAAUUGGUGGAAAGAUUGUUGAGAAAUGUGGCGGUGUGCCCUUGGCUGCCAUAUCUCUUGGUAGCAUGCUCCGUAGCACUCGAGAUGAGACUUAUUGGUCCUCAGUAUUGAAGAGUGAAAUAUGGCAACUCCGAGAUGAGGAACAGAAAGUGUUAGCUGUACUAAAGUGGAGCUAUGCCACUCUUCCUCUACGGUCAAAGAAGUGUUUUGCAUUUGGUUCCUUAUUCCCGAAAGACUAUAUGAUGCGAAAGGAUCAAUUGAUAAAGCUAUGGAUAUCAAAUGGUUUUGUACGUUCAGAAAAUUUUUUUGAUGCUGAAACAGUGGGCAACCGUGUUUUUGAUGAUCUUGUGCUGAGAUCAUUCUUUCUCUUGGCCCCUUUUGAAGAUGAUCCUCAUGUAACACACUGUACGAUGCAUGAUUUGAUGCAUGACCUAGCACGAUCAGUAUCUGCAGAUGUAUAUUGGAAUUCUAUUCAAGACUCAGUGGAAGUUAUUGGAAACAGAACAUAUCAUUUGUAUCUAGACUCAACAGAUGUAUCAAAAAUUACUGAGGCCUUUGGCAAGCACUUGCGUACCCUUAUAUUAAGCAGUUGUAGGUUAUUUCUGAAUGUCAAUCUACUUGAAAUUGUUUCCUCAGAACUGAAAUUCAAAUUUGUACGGGUGUUAGAUUUAAGUUGCAAUGACAUCGAGGAGAUGCCAUCGUCAAUAGGAAAUCUGAUACAUUUGAGGUACCUCAACUUAUCUAAUAAUCAUAUUGAAGUUCUACCCGACUCCAUAACCCAUCUCCCCAAUUUACAGUAUCUCAAUCUCGAUUUCAAUUACAAACUUCGAGAGCUACCAAAAGAUUUAGGGAAUAUGCAAAGCCUUCGAGAGCUUACUUGCAGGCGUCGGGAUUUCGUAGGUAGUGUUUUCCAAAGUGGUAACGGAUUGACACACAUGCCCCAUGGGUUGUCACGACUAACUAAUCUUCGAAGUUUACCUGUCUUUGUUGCUGGGGACAGAACUGGCGCAUGCUCAAUUUUAGAACUUGAGGAUUUGAAGCUUCAUGGAAAAAUGGAAAUUAUAUUUUCCAAAGAUUUUAAGAAUUAUUCUUGUGGUGGAAGAAAAAUCUUGAAGAAUAAAGAUCUUAAUGAACUAUACAUAGUGUUUAAUCGUUUGGAGAGUAAUGACAAGGACGUGUUGGAUGAUCUUUGUCCCAACACGAGCUUAAAGAAGUUAAUCAUAUUCGACUAUGGGAGCCCACAGUUUCCAUCAUGGUUGAUAGAGUUACCACUGCCAAAUUUGGUUGAAGUUUGCCUCGUAAACUGCCGUGUUUGUGAGCAUAUUCCUCCGUUUGGAAAUCUACAGUUUCUUAAGAAGCUCGACUUAAAGUUUAUCAGUGACAUCACACAUAUGGGUGCUGAGUUCCAUGGGUACAGAGGCUUUCCUUCCCUUCGAGAACUCUGCUUGACUCGUAUGAAUAAUUUAGAGGAAUGGUCAGAGUAUCAUGGUGUCCAUGAGUUCUUCCCUAAACUGCAUCUGCUGCAGGUUUCCGAUUGUUGCAAAUUGAAAAGUAUGCCGAGACUUCCUAGAAUCCAAGAGCUUGUGAUAUCAUGCUGCAACGGGAGCCUACUCUCUUGUAUCGGAAGGAUGACUUCUCUUUCUGUUCUCAAAGUGAGCCAUAUGUACAACAUGACAUCUCUUCCAAGUGGCUGCAUCAGAAACCUCACAUCCUUGACAGAAUUAAAAAUUACAAAUUGCAUAGAACUCCAAUCUCUUCCUGGGGAUGAAAUGCAACACCUAGAAAUGCUUCGUUUAUUGACCAUUGAACGGUGUUAUAAUUUGGCAUCCUUCCCGUCGGAAGUGGGACGUCUCAGUUCUCUUUGUUCUCUACGGCUCUUAGAUUGUCAUCUUAUAAUAUUUCAGCCAGAAGAACUUGUACAAAUCUUGAAUUUAGUACAUCAGUUCCAAAUACAGAUUUGUGGCAACGAAGUUAAUUUACGCGGGCAACUGCAAUACUUACACACAAUCAGAGAAUUGUCUCUACGUGGUGCACAUUAUGGAUUUACUAAGUUCAAGAUUAGGAAAGGAAUCGCAAAACUAAGUAUUUGUUGUUGUGAUGAAUUGGAGUCCUUGAUGACAGCAGAACCAACAAGCAGGGUGCUAGAAAAACUAUGCAUAGAUGGAAUUUCCAAUCUCACGACCUUGCCUGACUGGCUACAACAUCUCAGUUCUCUUUGUUUUCUACAGCUCUCAGGUUGUCCAAGUAUAAUAUUGCAGCCAGAAGAACUCGUACAAAUCCUGAAUUCAAUACAUAAUUUCCAAAUACAGAUUUGUGGAAACAGAGUCAAUUUACUUGGGCAACUGCAACACUUGCACACGCUCAGAGGACUGUCUCUAAGUGGUGCACAUUAUAGAUCAUCUAUCUACGAGUACCGUGAACGAUAUGAAGAUUCAGAAUUAAGUAUUUGUUGUUGUGAUGAAUUGGCGUCGUUGAUGACAGCAGACGCAGCAAGUAGUAUUGUUUUAGAAGAACUAUAUAUAGAUGGAAUUUCCAAUCUCACAACCUUGCCUGACUGGCUACAACAUCUCAAGUCUCUUCGUCAUCUAUCAAUCAAGAACUGCUCACAAUUAGGAACGCUGCCAAGGGGCUUGAAGAAUCUACAUAUGUUGGAAACUUUGAGUAUUUUCAACUGCCCACAAUUGAAAAGAAGAUACGAAAAUGAGAUUGGCGAAGAUUGGCCGACCAUCUCACAUGUGUCAUACGUUGAUAUUUCAUAGGCUCCUCAGUCCUCAGAUGAAACUGGACCUGAUUGGAAAG